ACUUAGAACUAAGUAACCGUAUUGUUUGUUUAUCCAGUUUAUAUUCUCGCUAAGAAAAAGUGAAGCUGGGAAUAUGUUUCUGAGGAUGUUUCAUCUGACUGCUUUUUAAUUUAUAGUGGGAUGCAACCAAGUUACUUUGAAACAUAUUUCAGCAGUUGACUCUGAUUUGUACGGAUAUGAAUUUCCUAAAGCUGUCAGACAGGGACUUUGGUGAAACAGCUAGCACGGACAAACCAAAGCGGAGCUCAGAAUUUAGUGAAAGAAAACUGGCACCAGCUGACUUCAGUGGCAUCUACAGCAAUGACCUGCUCCCAGCUUCAGGCGGUGAGGAGAUGACCAGAGGAUUUCUGCAGGAACUGGUCGGCAUCUUGUUGGGUUUUAUCUGCAAGUCUAAUCAGAGGAGCUCUAAGGUGCUGGACUUCCAUCAUCCUCAUCAGCUAAAGGAGGGACUGGAGGGCUUCAGUCUUGACCUGCCAGUACAACCAGAAACUCUGGAGCAGUUACUAGUGGACUGUAGAGACACCCUCAAAUAUGGUGUUAGUACAGGUCAUCCACGUUUUUUCAAUCAGCUCUCUUCAGGUUUGGAUGUGAUUGGUGUGGCUGGCGAGUGGUUGACCUCAACAGCCAACACGAACAUGUUCACAUAUGAAGUUUCGCCUGUUUUCCUCCUCAUUGAGGAGGCUCUGCUGAAAAAAAUGCGAAGCAUUGUGGGGUGGGCUGAUGAUGAGGGUGACGGACUCUUCUGUCCAGGAGGCACGAUAUCCAAUCUGUACAGCAUCCUCUUGGCCAGGUAUCACUUCUACCCAGAGGUGAAGACCAGAGGGAUGGGAGCUCUGCCUCGGCUGGCCAUGUUCACGUCAGAACAUAGUCAUUAUUCAAUAAAGAAAUCUGCAGCUGUGCUGGGCAUAGGCACUGAGAAUGUGGUUGUGGUGAAAUGUGAUGAAAGAGGGAAAAUUAUUCCUGCAGCACUUGAGACUUCCAUUGCCACAGCUAAAGAAAAGGGUUUGGUUCCUUUCUAUGUGAACGCCACAGCAGGAACUACUGUGUAUGGAGCCUUUGAUCCCCUUAAUGCCAUUGCAGACAUCUGCCACACACACACACUCUGGAUGCACGUUGAUGCAGCUUGGGGUGGAGGCCUGCUGAUGUCAGACAGACACAGAAUGAAAUUGGAGGGCAUUGAACGAGCAUGUUCAGUGACAUGGAAUCCACACAAGAUGAUGGGUGUCCCUCUGCAGUGCUCUGCCAUACUGGUCAAGAAAAGAGGUCUCUUACAGGAGUGUAAUAAGUUGGGGGCCCAGUACCUUUUUCAGACGGACAAACCAUACGAUGUGAGCUAUGACACUGGAGAUAAAAGCAUCCAGUGUGGCCGACACGUUGAUGUGUUUAAACUCUGGCUGAUGUGGAAGGCAAAGGGCUCAGACGGCUUUGGAUCUCAAGUCAACAAAUGUCUGGAGAAUGCUGAGUAUCUCUAUGAUCAGCUGCAGAAAAGGACAGAAUUUGAACUAGUCUUCAAAAACAAACCAGAGCACAGUAAUGUGUGUUUCUGGUACAUCCCUCCCAGUCUGAGAAGCUUGCCACCUGGACCUGACAGAGAUAGAAGACUCCAUCAGGUUGCUCCUCGGAUCAAAGGCAGGAUGAUGGAAAAGGGCUCUGUUCUGAUUGGCUAUCAACCGUUGGGAACCAAAGUCAAUUUCUUCAGGUGUGUGUUUUCCAAUCCUGCCACUCAACAAGAGGACAUCGACUUUCUGCUGGAUGAGAUUUGCCAGCUGGGUGCUGACCUUUAAAAUGUUUAAGUUAACAGGUUUUUGAUAUUUAUACAAGCAUAAAGUAAUUUUAGUUUUCCAUUAGCCUACAUAAUAUGCAUUGAAGUAAAGCCUGACAAUAGUGUAGAAGCUUAAGGAAACUUUCUUGAUUUAUAUUCCAGCUUUCCACAGAUUUAAUAAUUCAGUAUUGACUGUUAUUGUCAUUUUCUACUAUGGAUUUUUUUGUCUAAUCAACAGGCCCUUUAACUUUCAGAAACCAUCUGAAAUAACCAAAUGAUCAAAUGAUCUUCAUUGUUCUCAACAUUUUUUAUGUAUUGUUAUGAUGUGUAAGAAACAAUAGUGGAAGAUGUGUUCUGUCGAGAGAGGAAGUCCCCUGGCUUACCUCUUUUUACAUCUGAGACAGCGUAAAAGGACAACAUUCAGGACUUGACAUUUAUAUUAAAAAUUAUACGGAGUGCAUAAGAAUAGUCUAUUUACAUGUGGUUUUGUUAUCUUAAAUAAAUCAUCUUUAUUCUUAAUCAAAGACAUGAAUUAAAAUAUAAGUCUGAUAAUUCCGGGGUGGCUGUAACUCAGGUGGCAGAGCAGGUCAGCCACUAACCAGAAGGUUGGUGGUUCAAUCCCAGGUUCCAGUUUGCAUGCCAAAUAUCCUUGGGCAAGA